GCAGUGGCAGCCGCACGAGGUGGAGAUGGUGGAAGCAGUGGCAGACCAAGUGGCCAUCGCGCUCUCACAUGCUGCAGCGCUGGAGGAGUCGCAGAGGCGCAGGGAGGAGAUGGCGGAGCAGAAUGCGGCGCUGCAGGUGGCGCGGAUUAGAGCAGAGGAGGCGAUUCAAGCAAGAAACGACUUCCUGUCCGUCAUGAAUCACGAGAUGAGGAGCCCGCUGCACACCAUCCUCGCGCUCUCCUCCCUCAUGGAGGGACCUCACAUUCGUCUUCCUGUCACUGGUGAGCCAAUCUCUGGAAAUGAAGCACGGGAUGGGGAGUUAUAUGCACACCCUUCUUCAUCUCCUUAA